AUGGCGAGCCCAGAAAAGCAGCAAAAUGGGUCCCCGAGCCAGGCUCCGGAGAAGCAGGAACCGGCCGCUGCCGAGAACGAUGCGGAGGAACUUCCGAAGCCAAAGCCCACCACAUUGAAACGCCUCAUGGACAAGGUCGGGCUAAAUGCUGCCACCUUGGUCCUGAUGUUCAAAGGCUCCAUCCCUCCUAUCAUUGGCAUAUCGAUGUACCAAUCGACACGAAUAUCCUCUUACUUCACGACGAUGGGAUAUUUAAUCCCGGUAAUCUCCGUCCUUGCCGUCACGAUCCUGCCGCGCGACAGAUUUAUCCAGAACCUCAUCUUGGACCUCCUUGCCAUCUGCGUUGGCUCGGCCAUGUCUCUCCUCGUCCUCUGGUCCUCCGUCCAAGCACGUAUUCAUACCUCCCCUCCCACAUCCCAGGCUACCACGGGAGCCCCACCACCGUAUAAUUCGUCUCAGUCAGCCGUCUGCGCAGUAUGGCUCUUCGCCAAUAUCUGGUUCGCAAACCUUGUGCGGGCGAAGCUGCCUAGCUUCAGCCUGCCUGUGAUCAUCUAUAGUAUCUUGAUCAACAAUAGCACGACCUCCGGGCCCAAGCUUGCCACGACUAAAGCAGCGGAGGCCUUCGUCAAAGAGCAGCUUCUAGCGAUGUUAUUUGGAAUGGCACUAGCGACAGGCGUGUCGCUCUUCAUCUUCCCUAUUAGCAGUCGCAUGGUAGUGAUCGGGGAGUUGAGGGGCCUCAUUUGCCUGCUCAGAAAGGUAGUCGGUCUACAAAAGGAAUAUCUGGCGACCUUAGCAAGAGACGACAUUUUUUAUAUCGAAACGAGGAAUGCCGAAGAGCGAGAAGCCUCGCAGGACAAGAAGAAGCUGAAGUCGAAGGAUGAGGGUAUGGCCAAGGAGGCGAAAGCAGCCAAGCGUCUAACAGAGACAAUCCACACAAUAAGAGGCUUGACGGGCAAGGUCCAUGGCAAUAUGGCAUUUGCGAAGAGAGAUAUGGCUUGGGGAAAGCUUGACGCGAAAGAUCUCGGCGAGACGUUCACACUAAUUCGAAACCUCACGAUUUCAAUGCGAAAUGGCGAUAAAUUCACUUGUAGAUAUCUUCCACCGAGUCGCCGAACGCCGAAGGCGGAAUGUCAAAAUUGGGAGAAACAAGUGUGGAAUGGUGUCAUGAAACAAUUGCACACGCCAUUCCAGACCCUUGUGGAAGCAAUCGACCAAGGACUCGAACAUACCGGCAUCUGCUUGGAGAUUCUCCCGAAACCAAAGGUAACCAGGAAGUCAACGAGCAGCGGAUCGGACGAUGUCGAGGCCCACGGAGACGCGGUGAACCCAGGCGACCAAUGUUUUGGUAGCCUUGUGGAUAAGAAAGUCCAGGAAUUCUAUUUGCAGAAUGGAGAUAUCCCUCGGGCCUGGGUUGGGGAUGAAGCCAGCGACGCCAUACCAAGGAACCAGACGCAACUUUACGUGACUUUAUAUAUACAACAGCUGAUGCAUGCGGCCGGGGAGGCCCUCCAGGACCUCGUCGCCUUCGCGGACGAGAAAGUCGAGGAUGGUACAAUGAAGCAUAAACGCUUACUCUUCCCCACCGAACGGCGGCUAUGGAAGUGGUUGAUGAGUGUCUUCAAAGAACAGGACUCGAGCGUAAAGCAGAACCAGGAUAUCCUAGAGACGAACAACGUUAAUUACGGAGAUAGCUUUAACCCUAAGAAGGAUCUAGAGCAUCUUCCUGCCACCAAUAUCUGGCAGCAUUUUGGGAACGGGCUUCGUAGGAUCCCGUUAGCCUUGGGAUCUAAGGAAUCCGUCUUCGGCUUUCGAGUCGCCGCUGCUACGAUGACAGUCGGUCUCCUGGCAUUCUUGGAGCAAACCCAACAAUUCUUUCAAGAUCAGAGGCUAGAUUGGGCAAUGAUUACUAUCGCUCUGGGAAUGACGAUUACUUCUGGCCAGUCGAUUUUCGGCUUUUUCUGUCGAGUCGGGGGCACGUGUCUAGGCAUGAUCUUCUCACUCGUUAUCUGGUAUAUCGUCGACCAGAAGACCCCCGGCGUUAUUGUUUUCCUAUGGUUUUUUAUCUUCAUUGAGUACUACUUUUUCAAAUUUCCCCGGUUUCUUACAGCCGUUAUGAUUACCAUUAUUACUCAGAUUAUUAUUAUCGGUUACGAGUUGCAGGUAAGACAGCUUGGCGAAGCGGUAGCAACUGAGUCAGGACAGCCAUACCAUCCAACCUAUCUCCUGGCUCCGUAUCGGCUCGCUGUUGUCGCGUCAGGCAGUCUGAUUGCGUUCUUCUGGACAAUUUUCCCUUCUCCUCUAACCGAUCGGACUUGGCUUCGAGAGGAUUUGUCCGCGACCAUAUACCUUCUCGCUCAAUAUUUCAGCUCAGAAACAUCGCCUGCUUACCACCUUUUAAAAGCUCGGCGUAAGAUUUUCGGCAAGGUUAUGCGUCUCAUGUCGUCUAUCGAGUCUCACGUCGUGUGGCAGCGGUGGGAGCCCAACCUAGGCGGCCGCUUUCCCGUUGAGACAUACCAAGAGAUCAUCAAGCGUAGCGGGCGUAUCAUGAGCUAUCUAACGCUUAUGAGCUAUGCCUUAACACAUCCGCCGCGAACGCAUAGGGCGGGGGACCCUGACGAUGGGCAAGCUGGUUCAUCAGAUGCCGCCGCAGAUGCGCAAGAUAAUAGUUGGUGGCAGGCGCUCACAGAGGUCCUCUCGGGAGUAGAACCGACGAACCAUACUUUCCUGUCGACAUUGACCUUAUUGUCAAACUCGAUGCUUGCAGGCCAGAGCUUGCCACCCUUUCUGCUUCUUCCUCAACCUUACGAGAUGAUGCCGAGACUGAUUCGGCUGCCUAAAGACGACAGGGCCACCGAAUCAGAUCAAGAGGACAAUCCAUCACUUCCCCAUUGGGACUUCUCACGUGGACGCGGAAACUCGGGACUGACUACCAUCGAUUUGCGCCAGGAGGCCCCAGAUCACCUGCGUGGCUACGCGGAAUUCGUCGCGAUGCAGGUGUGCAGCACGCUGGUAUGCGACGACCUUGAGGGGUUGGUGCGGGCGGUGAGCGGGCUUGUAGGCGUCGUGGACUUCAGCUUCCGCAUGGUUGAAAAGCCGCUGGCCCAGCGGAGGACGACUCGGCUUGUUGCCGCGAUCAGUAAGGAGAAGGCGAUUUGA